AAGGUGCCUCGCAGGACCGGGGGGCUGCCCGGAAUCAGCUUUUAAAAUCACUCUCUAGUAGGUUGGAGGCGUUGGAAAAGGGGGGGGGCCCAGCCGGCCCGGCUCCUCCCUCAGGUCCGCAAGAUCCAUCCAUGCCUGAUGACCUGGUUCCUGGAAGGCCUGCUCCUGUGGCUCCAUUGCCGUCGCCUGAGGACCCGGCUCCUGUGCUGCCUGCUCCGUCGCUUCCACUGCCUGCUGCACCGGUUGAACCUCCGCCUGUGGACCCUCGAGUACCGGUGGCCCCGGAUUUGGUUGCCGCAGUGCUGCAGCAACUUGAGGCCUGCUGUGCUAACCAGUGGGAGGUAACUCUUUUUCGGGCGGCUGUUUUAGUCACCUUUUUCGGUGCCUUUCGUCCAGGUGAGUUGCUACCAUGGAACAGGGGCUCCCUGAGGGACCGUUGUUUGCAAUUUUCUGAUUUGUCACUCAGUGACGGGGUGGCACAGCUUUUUCUACGCCGUUCUAAGACGGAUCAACACGGUAAAGGGCAGUUGGUGCGCUUGGCGGCUGCCUCUGACCCUGGCAUUUGCCCGGUGAUCGCCUUGCAGCACUACGCGGCCCUCGGGCCUGCCUCAGCGGGGUGCCUGUUUGUCCACGUGGAUCAGGCACCUCUUACCCAAUACCAGUUCCUGGCAGUGGUAAGAAGGGCAUUGGUUGCAGCUGGGGUGCCGCCUGAAGGGCUCACAUUACACUCCUUCAGGAUUGGGGCGGCUACUACAGCUUCCCGGUUGGGCCUACAAGAGGCCGUGGUACGGCGGAUCGGCCGGUGGAAGUCCGUGGCGGUCAGGCGUUAUGUGCACUGACAGCGGACUAUAUUAUCUGGAUUGAUCGAAUUUUCUUUUUGGCAGGUGCUGGUGGGGCAGCGGCUCCUGUACGGGUCCUGAUCUGUGGCCAUUCGUUGGUCUUUUGGGCCUUCAAGCAGACCAGCACCUCCCACUGGGGUUCACAGCUGGGGUUUGGAUGAAGAGCCCUGGUGUAUUGGUUGGGCAUGCAGGGCAUGCUGUGGAGUCAGCUGCUCCCGGCCAUUAAGGAUCACUUAGCUAGAUUCCCUGUGCCCACCGUUCUUGUCCUUCACUUGGGUGAGAAUGACUUAGGCAGGUGGACUGGCCUGUCCAUGGUGCAGCAAGCCGCCUCCGAUUUGACCGUACUGCGCAGGUGGAUGCCCGGGGUUCGUAUCCUCUGGAUCAAUUGGCUUCAGCGCAGGGUUUGGCGCGCUGCGUUUAACGGGUUUAAGUUAGAAAAGGCCCGGCGCAAGGUUUCGGCCGCCAUAGGUAAGUUAGUUUUGGCGGCUGGGGGGGACAUCAUUAGGCAACCUGAUUUAGCAGCUCGCUUCCACGAGCUAUAUCGCCCGGAUGGUGUUCACCUUUCCAAGGCUGGGUGCGAUUUGUAUUUACGCAAUAUUCGGAAUGGGCUUGCUGCACUGUUGGAUGGCAUGGGGCAGGGAGGCCAAGCAAGGGCUGACCUCCCUGGGUGGCAGUAACAGUGCGGGCUAAGGGGUAAGUGGUUGGUUAGAGUAUGGUGAGCACCCUUGGAUAUUGUAAGGUGGAAUGGUCAAUCGCUCCUUUGUAGCCUGUGCGGCAUGGGGAGAAAUUGAUUGCCAGGAAACCUGCUUAAGGAUUGCAUCAACCUUUGGGCUGUGCAGUCCGGGGUGGGUGAAGACCUUGAGUUGUCCAGAUCCCCUCUUCUCUGGAGGGCGGUUGGCUUUGAAGGAGACAGGUGGGGUAUACCCGCUUGUUUCCUGAGCCAGGGUGUGUCGCCCAUGUCAGGUGAUGAAUAGGAUGGUAGCAUCCUAGCUCACGCCUAGGGGCCCGCACUGUUCUAUGUUGGUGAUUAAUCACCUGGUUUACAGUCCGCCUAUGCCUAUUUGUUUAUUAAUAAACGUGGCCCGUUUCAUCCA